UGCGGAACAGUGCGGUGCUGUGCUCCGGUAGAACGCGCGCCUCACAUCACGUUCCUCUGAUAAGCUUUGCCAAAACAGACAUGCUGUAGUGCAGUUCCCGUUGCAAAAUUCAAAUCGUGUGAUGAAGAACAACACGAGUUUAUACUCGAGGAUGAAGCUAGCGUGACACCGAAAUUAUUCAACAUGUUGCUAUAUGUGGUGGCUGCAGCGAUCCUGCACAUCCUGCUACAGACUUCAGUGACGGCGGCUGUUAGCUGGGAGGAGUGGUGGACGUAUGACGGGAUUUCGGGUCCGGCGUUUUGGGGCUUGAUAAAUCCGGAAUGGUCACUGUGCAACAAGGGAAGGAGGCAGUCCCCGGUUAAUCUAGAGCCGAAUAAGCUGCUCUUCGACCCAAACCUUCGACCCCUUCACAUCGAUAAACACAGGGUGAGCGGUUCCAUCAUGAAUACGGGCCAUAGUGUAAUAUUUACAGUAGAUAACGACACUCGCCAUCACAUAAAUGUGACCGGGGGACCUCUUUCCUAUAAAUAUCAAUUUCAAGAAAUCCAUAUUCACUAUGGACUGCACGAUCAGUUUGGGUCCGAACAUUCAAUAAACGGAUACAACUUUCCUGCAGAGAUACAGAUUUUCGGGUUCAACUCGCAACUCUACACCAACUUCUCGGAAGCGCUUCACAAAGCUCAAGGGAUCGUGGUUAUUUCUCUGCUCUUACAGAUGGGCGACUUGUCGAAUCCCGAACUUAGGAUAUUAACUGAUCAAUUAGAAAAAAUCCGUUAUGGAGGGGAUGAAGUCGAAGUGAAGCGUCUUUCGGUGAGAGGUCUCCUUCCCGAAACCGACUACUACAUGACGUACGACGGUUCCACAACUAUGCCGGCCUGCCACGAGACCGUCACAUGGUUGAUCCUCAACAAGCCUAUUUACAUCACCAAGCAACAGAUGCAUGCGUUACGCAGGCUGAUGCAGGGAGAUGCCAAACACCCCAAGGCGCCCCUUGGGAACAACUUCCGACCUCCACAACCCCUUCAUCAUCGCCCAGUACGGACUAAUAUUGACUUCAAUGUUAAACACCGUUCUGAGAGCCAGUGUACACUAUGCACAAAUAAAAAACUUUUGACGGGAAAGCAGUGCCCCAGUAUGUACAAAGACGUCUACUACAAGGCCAACAGUUGGAAGCAACACUGAGUGUCCUCAUAUCGCAAAACUAGUGAACAAUCCAUAUCACUGCAAUAUCAAGAAGACUCUAGUGACGUGACCAAAACUGUUCUAGUGCUAAAUGAAUCGACAAAAAAUAAAACAUAUCAUGUCUUGCAAAAAGAUGUAAUAAUAAAAUGACUGAAUUAUGUGUUAAGCUAACGUGAUAAUGCUUAAACCUAGCUUAGCUGAUAGAUGAAAUUAAUAGACUGUUUCAUUUUCCGUUUCCGUUCUGUCAAAACAGUUUCAUGUCGGUUUCGUUGGCCUAAAUGCACAUCAUUUAAUACAAAAAAAGUGUUAUGUAAAAUAUGGUAUUUUAGUAAGUACUCUUGUAAAGUUAGCUUAGUAACGAAAUUGUUUGUAAUAACAUUAUUUAUAUAUGUUGGAAACUUAAUUAUUUAAAAAAUA